AUGGAUACUCUGGUUGCCAGAGUGCAGACCCCAGGCCACGAGCAGCGGCCCAAGACGAGAAGAGCUGCCGUGGCCUGUCGAAGAUGCCGUCGUCUGCGCGUCAAAUGCCGCUACUUGUCCACUCAUGAACCUUGCGAGCAGUGUAGUCACGCUGGCCAUAAAUGUGUCUUCCCCCAGCGCGGCGAACCUGACUAUGACCGGGCAUAUCGACACGAGCGCCGGCGAAAACAGCAAACUCCAAGCCGGCAGCCGUCGACGAGCAGCGAGCCAGUGGCUCAAUCAAGACCCCAUUCCCAGCCAGGAGUCAAUGCAGUGGUGCCGAGCGCGUCACGGUCGUCUGAUGCGCUGAUAGAUGGCGACGAGGGGCCUUUCGUGCCUGGAAUCAACCAUGACAAAGGACAUGCGAUACUAUCCAGAGGCAAUGGCUGGGAUCUACUUCCCCCUUUCGAAGAAGUGGUCGAGGGCUGUCAGGUGUUCACCACAUCAUAUUUCCAGCUGGGCUUUCUUCCAAAGACGAACUUCUUCGAGCGCUUACACAAAGACAAAGAGGACAUCAGUGUGUUUCUCCUCCUCUGCAUCCUCAGCAUCUCUGCACGAUUUACGCCAAGCUUAGUUGCACGUUAUGGGAGCGGCCAGAAUGCGACAAAUUGUUUUCUCCGGAGUGCAGCUAGCAUGGUACCUGCACACAUGUACAAGCCUAGUUUGGAAUCGAUGCAGGGCUUCUUCCUCAUGAGCCUUGCCGAGUGGGGAAAAGGAGAGAAAGACAGAAGUUCUACGCACAUGGGCAUUGCCGUGCGUAUGGCAGGCACCUUGCGUCUUCACCGCGAGGAAACCUAUUACCUGCCCGAAGGCGCCGCAGCUGAUAAAGUGGUCGAGUCGGAGGUGAUCAGAAGGACCUUUUGGAUGUUGCAAAACCAUGAAGACUUGUUCUCGGGGCUUCAUUCACCCUCGUCGUUUUCGCUGGGCGACAUCACCACACUCCUGCCCUGUGAGGAACAAGACUUUGCCUUUGGUAUAGCUCCAACUGAGAGGGCGGCAUUGAUGGGGACGCCACCUGCUAUCAAGCACGAAGAGCUUGCCAAAUCACCGUCGCGCUCCCUGUUUGCCACGCUGAUCCAGUCUCACAACAUCUGGGGCCAGAUCGCACGUCGCGUUGCACACAACGAGGCAGCAGACCAGCAAGAAUCUGGCGGACAAGCAAAAGGGUCAAUGCCCUUGGGCAAAGAGGAAUACGUGCGUCUCUCUGCUCUGCUGAAAGACUUUGAAGAGAACCUUCCCCGCCGUCAUCAAUGGUCGGUAUGGAAUCUGAGAGGGUUCAGGGCUCAGGGACUCGACUUGGCCUACCUUUCGGUGGUGAUGAUGAUUCGGCUGAGUACCAUCAUCUUGCGAAGAAGCCACGUUCCGGGCUCAUUCGAGACCUACAGCACCAGCACAAGCAUAGCAAGCCCGACGACGGCAAACUCCCAUGCACACGCAGAUGCUUCACGUCCUUCAGCGAUGGAGCGUGAGACCAUCACCGUCGCUGAAGAGCUGUUCAACAAUAUGGUCAUUCUGCAUGACCAGAUCGACGCGUACUUUUCCCUCCGGUCUCCAAAUGAAGGGUUCCCGGCCUUCGUGGUGUUCUGCAUCUACAUCUGUGGCUCGCUGGCCAACCAUCUUCAAAAGGGCGACAAAGCCUUCCCGACCGUGGAAAAUGCCCACGCCCGUGCCACGAAGAUCUUGGGAUCAUCCACGAAACUCUUGAGCGACGUGCAAGACUCGUGGCCCAUGGCAAGGAGGUGGAGUGAUGCCUUGCUGAGAGCCUACCAGAAACAGGCGACGACCGCCAAAACGUCGGCCUCUGUCGAGGCUACGGCCUCCUCUCGGCACGGCACAGAAAAGACUGGUCGCGGCAGUACAAGCAGAGGUAACGGCACCAGCAGCGCGCGUCGUGGCAGAUGGCCUCAUUCCUCUGCUGCAUCUGCCACUGUAACUGCUACUGCUACCACCACUGCGGUCAGUCGAAUGGCGGCUCCUGCCCCGGCCCCAGGGCCUCCUCCGCCACCAUCCACUCCUUACCAACAGCGACAGGUCAGGGAAGACGACGAACUCGAACGCGGCGACAACGAUAACAGCAUUUACGAGGAUUAUGACGACGAGUCCGCCUUGCCGCCGAGCACCCAGACAAGCCCGUCGAGUACAUUUGCUCAUUCAGCGAUGCACCAUGGAAACCUUGCGGACAAUUCUUUUCUGUCAAGCAUCGCCCGAGGCACUCAAGCUGCGGAUAACCAGGCGCGGGCGAGGAACGUCGUGCCUCGCCAGUCUUAUGACCCGUGGAACGAUAUCUUUUCGGGAGUCUCACUCACGGACAACUUCGACUCGGAAUUGGCAUUCUAUACGUGGCCUGGUGGAGAGGUUUGGGAGGAAUGA